AUGCCGCGAGGCAGCAUUGUUCAGCUGCGCCGGUGGGCUUCAAUUCUGAACCCCACGACGAUGGCCACCGUCUCUGUAACCAUGGUGACGUUCAUCACCUAUGCCGUUGUCGCUGAUAUGACUGUCGGUACUGUCAACAUGGCGAACAGCUUUAUCCGAACAAGCGUCGAGCGGGGCAUCAUUUCGGAAUCCAAUCGCGGGCUCAUCAGUAUAAACGUUGUCACAACCAGGGCGUCUAGUCGUCCUCAGCUCUGGGCUGCUUAG